AUGGCUGUCCCCGUCACGAAGGUGCUGUGGAGGGUCCUGGGCAUGCUUUCCAGCCUCUUCGACAGGCGGCACCCGCCCUGGUCUUCACUACUGCUGAGGUUCAUGAUAUGGUACAAGCGCCAGCUCAGGGGUGUGAAGGUGAAAUACGCUGAGCGUGAGGGCUACAGCUUCUGUUAUCUCUCCCGAGGGGAGCCUGGAACCCAGCCAUCUGUCCUGAUGCUUCAUGGAUUCUCUUUCAACAAAGACAUGUGGUUAAACACCAUCAAACACUUUCCUCGGGGCAUCCACCUGGUGUGCCUCGACAUGCCCGGCCAUGGAGAAACCACUCGCCUGCUGGCAGAAACUUACACAGCCGCCGAUCAGGCUAAAAUGAUACACCAGUUUGUUGAGCGCACUGGCCUGAGCAGAAAGCCUUUCCACCUGGUCGGCAUCUCCACGGGCGGGAUGGUGGCUGGGGUUUAUGCCGCCCUCUACCCAUCGGACGUCUGCGCCUUGUCCCUCCUGUGUCCCCCCGGCCUGCUGUACCCACCUGAAAACGAGUUCAUCAAGUAUUUGAGGAAGCUGCGGGACUCUGCCAAUUCACAUGAAAAUCCAUUUGUCCUUUUGAGUGCAAAGCAGGGAGAAGAUUUGCUGAAGCUUGGCUUAUACCAUCCCACCAAGAUAAACGUUCAGAUCCUAAAGGGAUAUCUUGAAGAUCGGAGACCACAUAAAUCUUUUUUCUUAAAAUGUUUUUUAGACUUGUCCAGUAUGACGUCAAGGUACAGCCUUCGCGACAACAUGAACAAGAUCAGGGCUCCAAUACAGGUCAUCUGGGGAAAGGAUGACAAGGUAAUGGAUCCUUCUGGAGCAGCACUGUUAGCCAAAGCCAUUCCAAGCACUCAGGUACAAUUGCUGGAUAAAUGUGGACACUUCAUAACUCUUGAUAGACCCAAGAAAUCAGCAAAACUCCUCUUGGAGUUCUACAAAUCAAACUGUGCUACAGCAAAGCCCAAGAAGUUGUCAUGA